AUGUCCUUCGAUCGUUUGAGCCCACUAGAGGCGCAGCCUACUACUAUGCGCCGUUCUGAGGAUCCUCACUACCGUGAUGACCCCGACUUUGACCGUCUAACAGAGAGUCUCUCAAACCAGUUGUUCACUUUAACCUCGAAUAUCACUCGGUUGUCGGACCAGAUCGCGCUUCUAGGAACGAAAAGGGACACUGAGCGGGUGCGGGAACGAGUUCACAAUCUCCUCGAGGAAACUCGAUCUGGGUUCAAGCAUGUAGGCGAAGGGAUCAAGAAAGUCCAAAUGUGGGAGGAUGUUAAUCCCUCACAAAAAUGGACUCAACAAAAGCUGUCUUCUGAGUUCAAAGCGACACUGGAGGAGUUCCAGACCGUUCAGCGUCGAGCUUUGGAGAAACAAAGAGCGUCUGCAGUUGCCGCUCGCACAGCAGUGGAAGAGGGGGAACAUGCGCCAGCAGAUGGUACCCCCCAGCAGCAACAACAAUUGCUCGAGGAGCAGCCUCGUCUCGCCAACCAAGAUGAGGUGGACUUCCAGGAGGCUCUUAUCAUCGAGCGCGAAGCGGAGAUUCGCAACAUUGAGCAAAGCGUUGGCGAGCUGAACGAACUAUUCCGUGACGUAGCGCAUAUUGUUCACGAACAAGGAGGCCAGCUGGAUAUCAUUAGCGAGAACGUGGAGAGAGUCACUACGGACACUCGGGGCGCGAACGUCGAGCUUCGUAGCGCCAGCAGGUACCAAAAGAACGCUCGGAACAAGGCUUGCUGCCUCCUUCUUAUUCUCGCCGUGAUUUUGGUUAUUAUUGUCCUAGCAGUCACACUCGGAUAG